AAUUCAAAGUUAGCUUUACGUUGAGACAGCGAACGUCACUUGCGGAAGUGAUUUUCCAAAGCAGAUAAUUAUUUCAAAGCGGUUUAUACAUUGUGACUUGUGAAUAUUUUGUGAAAAACUAGUCCAAAAUGCCUGAAGAAACGCAAACUGCAGAAGUCGAGACCUUCGCCUUCCAGGCUGAAAUCGCCCAGCUGAUGAGUCUGAUCAUCAACACAUUCUAUUCGAAUAAAGAAAUCUUCCUUAGAGAGUUGAUUUCAAACUCAUCAGAUGCCUUGGAUAAGAUCCGCUACCAAUCACUCACCAACCCAUCUUGUCUUGACUCCGGAAAAGAUUUACACAUUAAAAUUGUUCCAAACAAAAGCGAAGGAACCUUAACUAUCAUUGAUACAGGUAUUGGUAUGACGAAAGCAGAUUUAGUUAACAACCUAGGUACAAUUGCAAAAUCUGGAACAAAGGCAUUUAUGGAGGCCCUCCAAGCUGGAGCUGAUAUUAGUAUGAUAGGUCAAUUUGGUGUAGGUUUCUACUCAGCCUACUUAGUUGCUGACCGAGUAGUGGUUGUAUCAAAAAAUAAUGAUGAUGAGCAGUACAUUUGGGAAUCAUCUGCUGGAGGUAGCUUCACAAUAAGACCAGACCUUGGAGAGCCAUUGGGACGUGGUACAAAAAUUGUUCUGUACAUCAAGGAGGAUCAAACUGAAUUUUUAGAAGAGAGUAAAAUUAAGGAGAUAGUAAAGAAACACUCUCAGUUUAUUGGUUACCCCAUUAAGUUGCUUGUAGAAAAAGAAAGAGAAAAAGAACUAAGUGAUGAUGAAGCUGAAGAUGAAAAGAAGGAAGAAGAGGAGGAUAAAGAUAAACCUAAAAUUGAAGAUGUGGGAGAGGAUGAAGAUGAAGAUAAAAAAGAUGAGAAAAAGAAAAAGAAAAAAACUAUUAAGGAAAAGUACACUGAAGAUGAGGAACUAAAUAAAACCAAACCAAUAUGGACAAGAAAUGCUGAUGAUAUAACCCAAGAAGAAUAUGGUGAAUUUUACAAAUCAUUGACAAAUGACUGGGAAGAUCAUUUAGCAGUAAAACAUUUCAGUGUUGAGGGCCAACUGGAAUUCAGAGCUCUAUUGUUUGUUCCUCGUCGUGUACCUUUUGAUUUAUUUGAAAAUAAAAAGAAGAAGAACAACAUCAAAUUAUAUGUACGCAGAGUUUUCAUCAUGGAUAACUGUGAAGACCUGAUCCCAGAAUAUCUUAACUUCAUUAAGGGAGUAGUAGACUCAGAAGAUUUACCUCUAAACAUUUCAAGAGAAAUGUUACAACAAAAUAAGAUUCUUAAGGUCAUCCGCAAAAAUUUAGUUAAAAAAUGUCUGGAACUUUUUGAAGAGCUUACCGAGGACAAAGAUGGAUGGAAGAAGUUCUAUGAACAAUUCUCAAAGAACAUCAAAUUGGGAAUUCAUGAAGAUUCACAAAACAGAGCCAAACUUGCUGACUUAUUGCGCUACCACACAUCUGCCAGUGGUGAUGAAGCUUGUUCAUUAAAAGACUAUGUCAGCAGAAUGAAGGAAAACCAAAAACACAUCUACUUUAUUACUGGAGAGAACAAAGAACAAGUAGCACAUUCUGCAUUUGUUGAACGUGUUAAGAAGCGUGGUUUUGAAGUAGUAUACAUGACUGAACCCAUUGAUGAGUAUGUAGUUCAACAACUCAAGGAAUAUGAUGGAAAAACUCUUGUCUCUGUCACCAAGGAGGGUCUAGAAUUACCUGAAGAUGAAGAAGAGAAGAAGAAACGUGAAGAUGAUAAGGCCAAAUAUGAAGGUCUUUGCAAAGUUAUGAAGAGCAUCCUCGACAACAAAGUUGAAAAGGUUGUGGUAUCUAACCGUUUAGUAGAAUCUCCAUGCUGUAUUGUAACCUCACAAUAUGGAUGGACUGCUAAUAUGGAACGUAUCAUGAAAGCCCAAGCUCUCCGUGAUACAUCAACUAUGGGUUACAUGGCAGCCAAGAAACACUUAGAAAUCAACCCUGACCAUUCCAUCAUUGAAAACCUUAGACAGAAGACAGAAGUUGAUAAAAAUGAUAAGGCUGUGAAAGAUCUUGUCAUCUUGCUCUUCGAGACUGCCCUCCUUAGCUCUGGUUUUACUUUGGAUGAACCUCAAGUACAUGCAUCUAGAAUCUACAGAAUGAUCAAACUUGGUUUGGGCAUUGAUGAAGAAGAAUCUAUGCUUACUGAAGAAACCCCAUCUGGUGAAGCUCCUGCUGCUGAGGCUGGUGAUGGAGAAGAUGCUUCCCGUAUGGAAGAAGUAGAUUAAAUGCAAUUGUUUAAAGAGCAUGUGUUGUAAUAUGUUCAAAUGACAAGUUUCUCUCAUUCCUUAUUUUUGUAUAUAAUUUAUUUGUUCUUUUUAUACAGAGUAUUACUAGCAUUUGAAAGGCUACUGGAAUAGUCUGGCUGUGUAGAGUACUAUGACCAAUUGUCAUCAACAACUGUACUGAUUUUCCGUUAAUAAAAGAAAUAAUUGAAAUUUUUCCUAUUUUUAAUUUUAAACAUAACCUUAAGGGCAUAAAUACAUUAUUCUGUUCACUGUUACUGUCAUUUACUCUAGUUUUUUAAUUGUGCUUAGUUACAUAUACAUAUUUCUUUCAAUACAGUUAUCCAACUAUGUUCCAAUUGUUUUGUUGAGGUUUGGCACUUUCUUGUUUUACUACUUCAAUCAUAUGUCAUCAUGGUCUAUUGCCAUUGUGAUGUACCUGUCUGUUUUAGAUACUUUUAUUUGCCACCUAAGUCUCCUUACAGUGAGCAGCUAAUAAAACUGAUUUCUUUUUCCAUGAAAACUGCAUUUUGUGGUCUUCUUUUUAUGGAUUUUUGUGAUUAAUUCUCUCUCCAAGGGCCAGCAGUAAUCAGCCAUCAUUCUUAUAUCCCAUCUUACUUGGUAAUGACUCUUCAUCUCCUUUAUAUCUCGAUAGAACCUUUCUGACAAGAUUUUCGCGAAAAUAGUCAAUAUGGGACUAGGAAUCCAAAAAAUGAAGUUGACGCUCAUUGCAUCCCAGUUUUUUUUAAUUUUUGACCAUGUUCUCUACAAUUUAUUUAUAGUUUGGAGACUUGUUAAUUCCAAAGAAACCGCCUAUGAGUUUACGAAAGAACUUUAUACUCAAGAUUCAUCCUGGGUCAUUGUAUUCUGUAACAAUCUGUCCAAAUUUGAGGGACUACAAAAAUUCCUUCUUGAAGUUUAGCUUCAGAAAGAGCAGGAAAUUUGUAGUACAGAUAUUUAAAGCAGUCAAGUUGUUUAUCUAAAGCUUUGACAAACUGCUUUAUUAAUCCUAACUAUAUGUGAAGAGGAGGCAAAAGAACUUAUUUUGGGUCAACUAGUAUAUUACGUUGCACAUUUUGUCCCGGUACUAGUCUUUCUGUAAGUGCCACUCUUAACGUAACAUAAAUUUUGUGCUUGAUUGUCCCACUCUCAUAAAAAACAUGGAUACUUUGUGAAUCUAGACUGUUGGCCCAAAAGCAUGGAUAUUAUUUUAAGAUCUUCACAGCGUUGCCAACAAUAUUUGUUAUACUUUAUUUUAUUUAGCAACAGCUCAAGAUUCUCGUAUGUUUCUUGGAUUCAUGGAGUGAGCAACAGGCAUUGAGGUACAAGUAUUACCAUUGUGCAACAAGGCACUCUUCAAACCUCUCUUAGAAGGAUGAUUAAAUAACCGCCAUAAUGUGGAAUCGUAAUUGUCAGCUCCCAGUUUCAUGACUACUUCAUAAAUAUUAUGACAAUACACCUGUGAGCCCUUUUGAGAAAAAUUUUUCAGAUUGCCUAUACCACAAAAAUGUGGUACCUGGAUCCAAUAUAUUUUUAUCUUUCAGUAGUGAUCUUAAGAUUUAUGCAGCAUCCUUUGAUAGGCCCAAGUCUCUCACUAAGUCAUCUAGUUCUCGUCUUCAUGAGUCUUUUCGUCUGAAUUUUCAUUUGAUGGUUGCUGUUAGAUGGUGUGAAGAAAAGUUAGAGGAACAAGGUUUUUUUAAUUUUGUGAAAAUUUUGAGGUGAUGGGCAGUGGUGCCAUUCAAAUGAAAUUAACAUAAUGUAGUAACAUAUUUUCUAUGGAUCUAUCAAGUAUUUUAAAGAAAUAAUUUCAAUACAAUUUACGAAAUAUCAAUAAGGAAUUUGUUUGCACUAGUACAAAAUAUCUCACAAGGAUUUUUUAAUUUUGUGAAAAAUUUGGAUGUGAUGGGCUUAAACUGAAUUCAGAAUCAGCUUACCCGUAUUAGCUAACGACACAUGUCAAACAAACACCAAAAAUGUCGGCCUGUGUAAUUAAAAUUUUCAAUAUAAAAAAAAAUUAUAAAAAUAAAUUGCAUAAAAUAACUAAUAAAAAUUUAGUUACUGCAUAUGGUACCAAAUAUAGAUAAAAAUACUAAGUUACUUAUACAUAAAGGUGCCUACUGUAAUUUCUUGUUAUUCAUUAUUGUCACUUUACAGGACUUGAGGAAAGGUGUUCUUUUUGGAGAAUAUAAAAUAGAUUUCUU